AACGAUGAGUCUGGGCGGCACCAGUACAGAAUCUGAUGUUUCAGAGGAUGAGUUGGAGGAUUGUCCUUUGGGUGAGGAUGAUGACUGUGACAAUGAAAGCCCUGCAAAAAUUUGUUCAGAGCGCUUAAUGUCAUCCGGCCCCAGUGACACAGAGGACAUCAAAGCAGUUAAGAGGCGUGCUCGGCCCAAGCGGUCCAAAGCACGGAAAGUCGCCGCCAACAUCCGAGAGAGGAAGCGCAUCCUGGACUACAACCAGGCCUUCAACGCCUUGCGCACUGUCCUCAAACAUGACCUUAGCGGAAAGCGUCUCUCUAAGAUUGCCACUCUCCGCCGUGCCAUCCACCACAUUUCAACACUGUCUUUAUAUCUGCGGACACAUUCAGAUACUGAACCACACGCACCUCCAUGUACCCAAACGGAGUGUUACCGGCAGCCAGAAGAGAAUGUUUCUCUGCCCAGGAAGACAGGAACUUUCCAGGAACCGAUGGAGAACUACACUACCCAUCAGCCAGAGCCUCUCAGAGUUUCUCAAGAGAUGCCUGGGAUUUUGUACCAGGACAUAUCAAACUCUGUGCCAUCUCCUCACUACAGCCACUGCGCAACCAACAGUCAGGCACACGUGAGCCAUGGAUGCUUCGGUCACCACUGGGUGGACCAAAGCAGUGAUUACAACAGUGGAGGAUGUGAACAUGGGACGAGGGUCACCUGUCAUCAGGACCAUAUGGACACUUAUGCAGACUCUGCUAACCCGUUUUUGGCUUGGCAGCUUGGUUACCUACAAUAUCACGGAUACCAGCAAUCCCUGAGUAUGCACUGA